AGAAGCGUUGGGCCUGACGGAGGAGCGCGGCCGCGAGGACAUUGAGCGGGCAGAGGACGCCGGGCGCUGUGCUGCCCUUGAAGCCAUGCAGAGCAGUGCAACAGCCAUUGCCUCUGCAGAAGCGUUGGGCCUGACGGAGGAGCGCGGCCGCGAGGAAAUUGAGCGGGCAGAGGAAGCUGGGCACCGUGCUGUUUGUGAUGCGUUUUUUGUGGCUCAUGCUUUUGGAAUGAAUCGUUGUUUUUACGCUGGUGGGGGAGUUUUAGGAGGCAUGAAAACUGUGACUGAUGUGAAUGUUUCAUGGCCGUCAAGAGGAUGUGCGUUGGAUGUAAUGAGUGCGGAUUGUGUUGGAAGUGGGGCCCGCGUUGAUGUGGUAGGGGCGUGUGCAGACGCUGUUUUAGAUGCCUCGGAGGAAUGUCAUGUUAUUGCACCGGUCGUCUCUUCUGUGGAUGAUGUGGAAUUUGACAGGAACGAUUUGACGGAUGUGGUGGAACUAAACGCGUUGAGUAGUGGGAUUAUCGUUGGAUUGGCUGAUGCAUCGGCUUUAGAGUCACCGGCUGAAGUUUCUGCGGAGGCUAGCCUUUCGAGGGAGGUCGCCGUGCAUCCCGCGUUACGUGGUGCAGCUGGUCACCCGGCAGUGCUUCCACAUGGUGACCCUCUUGGGUACGACUCCGACGAUGAUAUACCGAUUCCGCCGCGGUACACUCUUUGGGGAUGUCUGUCCUUGCCGUUUGCGUGCUGUGUAAGGCGCCGUCCGGUGCAGGUGCAUUGUGUUGAGAACUCUUUGGGGGAAGAGUAG